GCCACCGUUGUCGGUCACCAUCGGUAUCGGAGAGCUUUUUAUUGGUUCCGUGGUGCCCUGAGCUCUUCAAGUCGACCAUCUGAUUCCGCGCUCUUCCCUCACCUUGGCCGUGCUCCCUUCGACAUCCAGUCCCCCCAGCCAGCCCAGACAUGACGUCCAGCAGGCCCAUCCCUGGCGGAAGGCCGGCGGGCGCGUCGGACCGCGAGUUCGCCUCGCCGCGGUCCGCCACCUUCAUGGCCACCUCGCCCAUCGCGGAGGAGGUCAUCGCGAGGGACCUCGCCGAAUGCCUCGACGCCGGCGGCGACGGGGACGCCCCACCGGGCCACCGCGGUGGCGGGGGCGACCCAGAGCUGACCGAGUCAGACGCCGACGGGGAUAACCCAACGCUGUACCGCCGCCCUGCCGGGAUCGCGUACGGCACCACCCGCCCCGCCCUGGGGCCGACGCCCAGCCUGCUCGACGAGCCGGCCCUGACGCCGCUCGAGCGCAAGCGGUCGCGCAACGCCGAGAGGAGCCUGCUGCGGGACAACCACUUCCUCCCGCCCAAGCACGCCAUCAUCCCCGGCGGCGGCCACGACGGCGCGCCCGCCGGCUUCUUCACCCAGCUGCGCCGGAAGCUGUUCAGCACAAAGGUGCCCCCCAAGCUGCGCGGGGGCGGCGACGAGGAGGCGCCCCUGCUCGCCGGCGCAAACGGCAAUGGGGCCCCCGACGGGCACCGCCCCGACCAGGGCCACCUCCACGACACCUGGGAGGCUGCCGUCGCGGCGGGCCAGAUCAGGACCACUUGGCAGCGCGAGGCCAAAACCCUAGCCACGUAUGCCAGGUCCCUGGUUGUUACCUUUUUGCUGCAGUACUCCAUCAGCAUCACCAGCAUAUUUGUCGUUGGCAGGAUAGGCAAGGUAGAGCUGGGCGCCAUCAGCCUCGGCACCAUGACUGCCAACAUUACUUGCUACGCCCCGAUCCAGGGCCUCUCGACCAGCCUCGACACCCUCUGCGCCCAGGCCUACGGCUCGGGGCACAAGCACCUGGUGGGGCUGCAACUCCAGAGGAUGACUUGGUUCCUGCUCGUGCUGCUGCUGCCCAUCGCUGUGCUGUGGCUCAACGCGACGGAGCUCCUAUCCCUGGUCCUCCCGGAGAGGGCGAGCGCGGAGCUCGCGGGGCUCUAUCUGCGGGUCUGCAUCUUCAGCAUGCCGGCCUACGCCGUCUUCGAGGCGUCCAAGCGCUUCGUCCAGGCGCAGGGCAUUUUCCACGCCACCACCUACUGCCUCAUGGUGGCGGCGCCCCUGAACGUGUUCCUCAGCUGGCUUUUCGUUUGGAAGCUCGACUGGGGCUUCGUCGGGGCUCCGAUCAGCGUGGUCAUUACGCAGAACCUCAUGCCCGUUUUGUUGUUCUUAUACGUUAUUUUCGUCGACGGCUAUCAGUGCUGGGGCGGCUUUACGAAACGGGCGCUAUCGAACUGGGGUCCCAUGAUCCGGCUCGCCCUCCCGGGCAUGAUCAUGGUAGAGGCUGAAUGGUUUGCCUUUGAGAUUCUCACGCUGAUUUCUGGCCGGUUCGGCACGCCCCAGCUUGCAGCCCAAAGCAUCCUGGUCACCAUCACCUCGACCACCUACCAGGUCCCUUUCCCACUUUCCGUGGCGGCGUCGACCCGAGUUGCGAACCUCAUCGGGGCCAGGCUUGUCGAUGCGGCCAAGACAUCGGCCAGGGUGGCCGUCGUUGCCGGGUCCAUAAUCGGGGUUGUCAACAUGAUAGUGGUCACGGCGCUCCGCAAGAAGCUCCCGCUCCUCUUCACCGAUGACGAGGAGGUCAUCGCCAUCGUAGCCAACGUUCUCCCCAUCUGCGCCAUGAUGCAGGUCUUCGACGGCAUGGCCGCGCUCUCGCACGGGCUCCUCCGCGGCAUCGGCCGGCAAGAGUUCGGCGGCUAUGCGAACCUGGUCUCGUACUACGUCAUCGCGCUGCCCGUCUCCUUCGGCCUCGGCCUCGGCCUCGGCUGGGAGCUCACGGGGCUGUGGAUCGGCGUUACGGGUGGGCUUGGCCUGGUCGCCGUGGUCGAGUACCUCUUCCUGUACAAAUACGACUGGAGCCGCGCCGUCCAGGAGGCCGAGCGCCGGAAUGCGAACAAUUAAGUGGGCCUGGGCUGGUUUGCUUGCGACAGAUACAAAUAACAAAAGAACGAUACUGCAGUGUUGUUUUGCUCUUGCCAUACUUGGCUCUUUUUUUAUGGUACGGCCUAAUGGAGCAAUGGUGUAGAUGGGCGAGGCAGGGCGGGAACCUGGGGUAAGAGAGAGGCGGUUGGCUUGCUCGCUUGCUUGGUGGGACAUUAUUUGCUAUGAACAUACCAUUUUGCUGUAAAGAAAAUCAUAUGUUAGCGUCACAUCUGUUGUUGGCUUGUUUUGAACACACAAUCAUUUCUGUCGUAGGAGCGAGUCCGCUUUGAAACUGUUAUUGCAUUUCUCUAUUCGUUCCCGAGCUGUUUUGGAGCGUUUGACUUUGAGUGACAAAGGUGAGGCGUUCUA